AUGGUGUUGCCUGUGAGGGUGAAUUCAGCGGACAAAGUAAUUAAGGCGGAAAAGAUAUCGGGCACUGGCCGUGUGGUAAGGGUCUGUCCGACUUAUGCGUUUCUGUCGUCGGACAGGUAUGGUUCGAUUUACGUGAACCAAACGGUCCGUUACGGCCAGCAUCAAACCGAGGGCGGUGACCAACAGAGGGCGGAAAACAUCGACCACAAAAACUUUGCCCUUGACCGCUACUUUUGCGUCGACGACGUCGUCCACUUCAAGGCCAUCGAACAACGUGUGGUCAUUCAGAAGAAGAGUGAAAGUAGUCUAUCGGCGUGCAAAUUCGACCAACAGUCGCCGUUGCCCAAGGCGGUGCAUAACGAGAAUGGCAUCGUCGUGGAGGUGAGCGACAAAUGCGUGUUUAUUUGGAGCGAGCGCCUUGGCGAAGUAUUUUACCCGAUCGGAGCCCGCUUCGCCGCAGCUGCCCAUAAGCCAAGCUCCGAGACGCAGUCGUGCUCGUCGUCAUUGUCGGUGGUCCUUACCUCGACCGGGGGCAUCGGCUUAACGGAGCAGUUCAUGCCAAAUGACAUGGUCGCCUUCGACGCCUACCGUCAGCUACAGAGCAACAACUGCUCAUACCUGGCCACCUCCGUCCGCAAGAUGUCAGCAGCCAGAUCGGCUUAUGUGGACAAAACUCUGGGAUUUCGAUGCGGACUCAUAUCGAAGGUGUCCCCCCAUUUUGGCUACAUUUACUCGGAGCAGUUAGGAUCUGUUUUUUUUUCGUUGUCAAACAGCGUAGCGGCCGAUCAGGCAGACGUCGGUAAUUUGUGCGAUCUGUUCGACGUCGGCGACUCGGUCCGGUUCAUCCCCAUGGAACAGCCAGAAAUCAACGGUUGCAGCUGGCGUGCGUUGAAGGUCAUGAAAAUGUCGGCGGCAGACCUGGCUCAGCUAUCCGCUGAAGCUGCCGUAAAUCUCGACGACCGUGACUUCGCGUCAUGCAAUCCAUCCGAUUCGUCUUCGAGGGUCGUUGAGCGAAGACCGAAAAAUCAGGUCAAUUCCUGUUGCCAGUUCGCCAACAAAGCUUGUCAAACGCUCACCCCUCCGGAGGCACUGCUGCUGAAGGCGGUUACAAAAGAUGUAAACUUUUACAACGAGCUCUGUGCGAAGUUUCCGUAUUUGAUGCGAUAUAUCGAUAAAUCCUUGGGCGAUCCUCCAUAA